AUGGCGGCGAGGUGGACGGCGAGGAGGCGGAAUGGAGGCAGCGCGGCGGACGGCGAGGAGGCGGAAAAGGCCGCGACGGGGCGGCGGCGAGGAGGUGGAAACGGGGACGACGGGCGGCGGCGAGGAGGUGGAAACGGGGACGACGGGAUGGACGGCGAGGAGGCGGAAUGGUGGUCGCGAGGCAGACGGCGAGGAGGCGGAAUGGUGGUCGCGAGGCAGACGGCGAGGAGGCGGAAUGGUGGCGACGAGGCGGGCGGUGAGGAGGCAGAAUGGCGGCCACGGCGGGAGAAGAGUGAGAGAGAAAAAAAAAGGAAAUACGGGAUAGAGAUAAGGGAACGAAGUGGUAAGGGAUUCCGGCGGAGGAGAAGAAGGGUAGGAAGAGGUAAGACGAAGGGAGAGAACGGGAGGGAGAGGGAGAGAAUGAGAGAGAAAGGGAGGGGGGGAAAAUGGAGAGGGAGAAGAGGCGAGAGAGAGGAGAACGAACGAGAGAGAGAGAGAGAGAGAGAGAGAUGAAGGGGAGAAAGGUAAGCUGUUUAUUCCAAAUUCUAA